UCAGUGUGUAGGAAUGCAGCCGCUUGAUGUGGACUCUGUACUUCUCUUCUGCUUCUGAUUUCCAUCUUUUUACAUUGGAUCUAAUAUAUAUAUUAUUAUUUUUUGGUCACAUGCAUUGAACAUUUUCUUCUCCAUUCUGAUAAUGUCCCCUAGUUGCGGCACUAUAGUGCUAGGGUGAAGCUUCGCUUUUCAUUUGGGAUUACAGAGACUUCCGGCCGGAGCUGUCCUAGGUGCUGAAUUACACGUCCUGCUCUUUCUUUGCUACUUGCUACAGCCAUCUAUCACUUUGAUGAUUUUAAUUUCACAGGCCAUCGCAGCAAACCAUGGCCCGGAUCAGGUGCAUCCUAACAGCAGUCUCGGGGUUUUACUUUUGGGAAGCUGCACUCCUGUUAAGUUUGGUUGCCACCAAAGAAACCGACAGUGCCCGUUCUCGUAGUCCCCCAAUGUCACCAUCUGAUUUUCUGGACAAACUUAUGGGAAGAACGUCUGGUUAUGAUGCAAGAAUAAGACCUAACUUCAAAGGACCUCCAGUGAAUGUGACUUGUAACAUAUUUGUAAAUAGCUUUGGGUCAAUUGCAGAAACCACCAUGGACUACCGCUUAAAUAUCUUUCUGCGACAGAAGUGGAAUGACCCUCGACUUGCAUAUAGUGAAUAUCCAGAUGACUCUUUAGAUUUAGAUCCAUCUAUGUUGGAUUCUAUAUGGAAACCUGAUUUAUUUUUUGCUAAUGAAAAAGGUGCUAAUUUUCAUGAAGUUACAACAGACAACAAGCUCCUGAGAAUCUUCAAAGAUGGAAAUGUCCUUUAUUCUAUCCGGCUGACACUGACGCUAUCCUGCCCUAUGGAUCUGAAGAAUUUUCCCAUGGAUGUGCAGACUUGUAUAAUGCAACUGGAAAGCUUUGGGUACACCAUGAAUGACCUAAUUUUUGAAUGGCAAGACAAUGCACCUGUACAGUUAGCAGAUGGUCUCACGCUUCCUCAGUUUGUUCUAAAAGAAGAGAAAGAUUUGCGUUACUGUACCAAACACUAUAAUACAGGAAAGUUUACAUGCAUUGAAGUUCGAUUCCAUCUGGAGAGACAGAUGGGUUACUACCUGAUUCAGAUGUAUAUUCCCAGUCUUUUGAUUGUCAUUUUAUCAUGGGUGUCCUUUUGGAUCAAUAUGGAUGCAGCUCCAGCCAGAGUGGCCCUAGGUAUAACUACUGUGCUUACUAUGACAACACAGAGUUCUGGCUCCCGAGCCUCACUUCCUAAGGUUUCAUAUGUUAAAGCUAUUGAUAUUUGGAUGGCAGUUUGUCUCCUCUUCGUGUUUUCUGCCUUAUUGGAGUAUGCAGCAGUCAACUUUGUAUCCAGGCAGCACAAGGAACUUCUAAGAUUUCGAAGAAGGAGAAAGAAGAAUAAGGAUGAGGAUGUACGGGAAAGUCGUUUCAGCUUUACAGCUUAUGGCAUGGGGCCUUGUCUACAAGCUAAAGAUGGAGUAACUCCAAAGGGGCCAAUGAACCCAGCACCUGCAGCACCAAAAUCGCAUGAAGAGAUGAGAAAAGUAUUUAUUGACAGAGCAAAAAAGAUUGACACAAUUUCUCGAGCUGGCUUCCCUCUAACCUUCCUAAUUUUCAAUAUAUUCUACUGGGUCAUCUAUAAAAUUCUACGACAUGAAGACAUUCACCUGCAGCAAGACUAAUGGACUGACGGCUGGUUCAUCAAUAGCUCAUACAGAAAUAUAUAAAAACUUAAGCCAAGAGUUUAACAAUCUGUUUCUAUCUGUUCCCUAAUAAAUAUGAACAAACAGAAAAAAUCAAAAUACAAUUAAAUGGUACAGCUAUAGUAUACUGCCAACUGUUUUUAUGUGUAAUAACUCAGAGGUGUCAAUGCACAAAACUUUUUUUGAAGUAAAGUUAUUUUACUAUACACUAUUAUAUACUGUUCACCAGGACCAAACAGGUUAAAUAUUGUCUAUUUACUGUGACCACAACUUUAUUGGCUUACAAAAGUUUUUUUCUUAACAAUUAAAUAUUGUGAUAUUUUGCUCCUUAUAUUUUUGAGUAGUAAAUACUAUUUUUUAAAGUAUAAUCAAUAUCACAUUUUGUACAAGAACAGAAAAUUAUGUAUUUAGGGCACAGUCAUAAUCAGUCUGCCUUACAAUCUUUUUAAAAUUAAAAAUACAAAAUGCCCAAAAGAGAAUUGGCUCCUGUCCAGCCAUAUCCAGUGAGAUCACAGCUUCUGUUUAGACUGUGAAAAUCAUUAUUGCACCAGUAAAAAGUUACCUCAGUUAUGGUAUUAGUAUUUUUGUUACUAAAUUCUAUUUAUUUUGUACUUUCUUAAGGUUUUAAUAAUAUCAAAUGUAAAACUUACAUUUAAAUGUCAGCU